GUCAGUUGCAUUUGCUUUUGUUGGUAAUUUUUUCGCAACCUCACAGCAGCAGUUAAAUUUCAGUUCGGUAGUGCAUUCGUGAAAUCGGGUUUACGUGAGUGUAAUUCUCCAUUGCGUCCGCUAGUGAUUGUAGUACGUCGUUCACGGGCAGGUGCAACCAACAUUACUUACAUAAGUCUGCUGGAUCUCUAAACUGUGGCAGGGGAACCGACGGAUUGUGUGACCAGCUAGACUGACAAAAAUGUCCAAAGCAAGCAAAAUUGUACUCCGGAUUCAAUCCGCUGAAGGUACAAAGCGAGUGGAAAUCGCCGAAAAUGGAUCCCUGCGGGAGCUAUACGACCUCGUCCACAGUAGCCUUCCCAAUAGUGACGGGUUUGCUUUAUAUAAGGAACGAAACUGCAGCAAAGAGCUCGUAUCCAGUCGAUCUAAAACGUUGAAAGAAAACGGCCUAAAACAUGGCGAUAUGAUUUAUCUAAAGGACAUCUCAGGACCUUCGACCUCUAAGGGACAUGAAAGAAGUUCCUCUACAGCUUCAGUUUCGUCAACGGGCAGUUUCUCGAUGAUUGGAGUAGCUGGAUCAAGUCGUGAACCAACUCCCGGCACUAGCUCAGGUCCCGUCGGAACAGGAAUUUCCAAUGGUGAAGAUUCCGUUGAUGUUGAAUUAUACAAACUAGAUGGACGAAUUCAAAGGAAACGAGAUGAAAAACUAUGCCGUCAUAACUCGAAUGGUUGCUGUGUCCAUUGUUCCCCGCUGGAACCAUGGGACGAAUCCUACCUCAAAGAGCAAAAAAUUAAACACUACUCAUUUCACACGUACUUGAAAAAGCUCACGUCCGGUGUCGAUCGCGGUAAGUUUGUGGCUAUGGAAGAUUUAAACUGCAAGAUAAAAACCGGAUGCCGUGAUCAUCCACCGUGGCCCAAGGGUAUUUGCUCCAAGUGCCAACCGUCGGCAAUCACGCUAAAUCGGCAAAUCUAUCGGCAUGUUGACAAUGUGAUGUUCGAAAAUACGGGAAUCGUCGAGCGAUUCUUGAAUUACUGGCGCACCACAGGCCAUCAGCGUAUUGGGAUGCUUUUCGGCACCUACGAAAUCCAUCCGGACGUUCCGCUGGGCAUUCGGGCUCGUGUAGCAGCAAUCUACGAGCCGCCCCAGGAAAGUAAUCGCGACUCGAUUCGACUGUUGGAUGACGAGCAUGAGAUCGAGGUGGAUGAGUUGGCCCAACAGUUGGGAUUGCGUCGUGUCGGGUGGAUUUUCACUGAUUUGCUAGCGGAGAAUGCUGCCGCUGGGACGGUCAAGCAUGUCCGUAACAUCAAGACACAUUUUCUGACGGCACAUGAGUGCAUAUUGGCUGGACACUUGCAGAAUAAGUAUCCCAACCGUUGCAAAUAUGCGUCCAAUGGGUACUUUGGUUCGAAAUUUACUACGGUUUGUGUCACUGGUGACGACAAAAAGCAAGUGCACAUGGAAGGCUAUGCGGUUUCGGCACAGUGCAUGGCGCUGGUCCGCGAUAAUUGUCUCAUUCCUACGAAAGACGCAUCCGAACUGGGCUACAUUCGCGAAUCAACGGACAAGCAGUAUGUUCCGGAUGUCUACUACAAGGAAAAAGACGUCUACGGCAAUGAAGUUCAACGCCUGGGGCGACCACUGCCGGUGGAGUACCUGCUGGUUGAUGUGCCCGCUUCAACCCCAAUGGUACCGCUGUACACAUUCCACGAGCGAAAGGAUGUCAGUCAGUACUUCCCGGUUGAAAAUCGGCUCAUCGAUGGCCACAUUCAGGACUUUGCGGCCCUGAGCGAUUAUCUGGGCAGAUCACGAUCAAUGGAUUUUUUGGAAACUAUGUCUGACUUUCACCUGUUGCUUUAUCUGUAUCGCAUGGAUAUGUUACCGAUGAAGUCGCAGAUGGGUCCCCUGUUGGAAGCGGUUCGGGAUAAGGAUAAAACUGUUGCCAACGAAUGGAAAAAUCAGGAAGUGUGGCGAACCUUGGAGCAGCUGAUUUCGGCCACUUCACACCAUGAUGACUCCAGCAUGAGCAAUGACGUAGAAUUCGUGUCCGCCGGGGAAGCAGAACAGAACUGGACUUGCUCUCACUGUACGUUCAUCAACAGUCGGGAACUGCCGACGUGUGAAAUGUGCAAUCUUCCCAGGGUCUAAACUACUAAAGACACGUACUAAAGGCUGCCGAAUAAAACAUAGCAAACAGCAUAAUCACUUUGGAUAUCGCAGAUUUGUAUAUUGCCAAUAUGUACUAAAACAAUUUUAAAUUUGUGGAACAUCUUCACAAAAGCAAAAAAGUAGAUCCGCUUGUCGAGAAGCCACCUGAAUGGCGUUGGAAAUAUAUAUUACAUGGGUGAAAUUAGCAUAUUAAAUCAUAUUUUUCCUUUCAUUUUGGUGGAAAACAAAUUGCUUUCAUUUGUCUGGCUGUCAAGUCUCGUAGAGCCGGUUCGAAGCCAUUGCAAUGUAGUAGCUCGCUAUACGAAAUCAAUACACUUUCUUUUCAAAAAUCAUUCAUUUACAUUUGGUUCUUAAAACCCGCUUCAAUUCAAAGGAAAAGCUGAAUUAAGAAUACAAGCGUUAAUUCUGUGAAAUGCUAACAUGUAAGUAAUAAUUUAUUUCAAAAUUGGUAAUAAAAUCUGAUUGAAGCUA